GAGAUCGGGGUUUGUCUUCCAGGUUUGGUCGUGCGGGGGCAGAUAUGAAUAAAGUCAACUAUCGCGGUAUAUCGUAUUUGCAUCUAAUAGUAUCCGUGGGCAGAUGGAGAAUCCACACGAACAGGCACAGAAUGCCUUGCUUUCUAGAAUCAUCAACAACAUGGAAAACUUAAACGAGUCAGUGGUGACGGUAAACAAAUGUUUACAAGAAGUUGCAAGACACAAUUUGGAUACAGAAGUACUAGCUCAGAUGUGGGAGAGCUAUUUAAGGAAUGCUGAAUUCAAUUUAGAGGCUACAGGACAGAAAAAGGAGCCCUUAUAGCUUGAUAUCACUCGCAUCACAAAUGAGCAACAGGUGAGCAACACCAGAAUACCACACUAUCAGAACAACAAGAAUCAGAAGAUCCAGAAUGUGGACUAUCGCACUAGC